CAUUAACGGCCGUUCUGUUGCGCAACCGGUUGUCCGCGCUGACUAGCCUCAAAACUCUGUCGGCUGGGAGCAUCACAUGGCAGUAUCCAAACCUGAGAUCCCUUAGCCAUUUCCUGCUGUCUCAGGUACAGUCAGAGACACAAGCACAGAGCAAGCAAAGCUGCUCGGUAUCGGAUCAUACUCGGAAGCAGUCGGUAAACAGCACAACGUAUACCAUGGAAGCGGCCCGGAAAGGUCAUCUCGAUCCUGAUAUUGCCUUUGAUAAUAUAGGAGAAGUUCAACGUCCAAGCUCUGUCUUCGUCACAGGUGCUACUGGCUUUGUCGGUGUUUUCAUUCUGCGCGAGCUCCUCGAGUUGGGUAUCGCCGCCCACUGUUUGGUACGUGCCGAGGGCGUCAAACACGGCCAGCAGCGGUUGGUAGAGUCGCUCGCCAGCUACGACCUCUGGAAGCACGACUAUGCGCCACUGCUCAACCCGGUUGUUGGCGAUGCAGCAAAGCCUUUGUUUGGUUUGACCAACGUGGCUUUUGAUGACCUGGCCAACCGUGUCGAUGCUAUUUGCCAUUCAGGCGCCCUAGUCGACUGGUUGCGGCCCCUGAAUGAUUAUAUCGGCCCUAACGUCAUCAGCACGCAUGAGGUCUUGCGCCUAGCCUCGCGUGGCCGUGGAAAGGCAGUCCAUGUUAUAAGUACUCUCGCAACCUUGCCGAUGCAUAUGGGCUAUGAUGUUCCCGAGCACGAUCGAGAAUACGGUUACUCCACCUCCAAAUACAUUGCAGAGCGCAUGGUGGCCGCGGCACGAUGGCGCGGAGCCAGGGCCUCUGUGUACCGUGUGCCCUUUGUCACUGCCUCGGCCGCGACCGGUCACUUCCGAGUCGACCGGGGCGAUUUUUUACACAACUUGAUUGCUGGGAGCAUCCAAAUGGGAAGUUUCCCCUCCUUGGACGCCGAUCUUUCGGUUGUGCAACCCGUCGAUUACCUGAGCAAAACCGUUGUUGCCAUCAUGGUCCACGACCGGUCCCGGAUUGGACACGACUUCGAUUUUGUCAACAAGCAUGCGGUGAGCUGCAACCAAUUCUUCCAGCUCAUGGGUGGUGAUGACGCGGGUACGCUCCUACCCUUCCACGAAUGGCAGCUGAGAGCAUUGGCGUACGCUGCCGCGCAUCCGAAGAGCGCAUUGGCCCGCAUUGGUACCAUAAUUGACGGCCUCGCCGAUGAAAGUGCCCUUGCUGCGAUGCUCAAGGGCCUACCUACCGGUGAGCACGUACUGGGCGGCGACGUCUAUCCCGCACCACUGGUCGAUGAACAACUUACCCGUCAUUAUCGAGACCGGAUUGAUAUGUUCAAUUCCGAUGGGCCAAUCUCAAGCUUGCGGCCGGGAAAGACGGAGUGGGAUUAA